CAGUCAAUUUCAAGCAAUCAUCAUCAAAUCUUCCUUUCUUUAAUUAGAUUUUGUCUCCCCUCAGGUCCGACGAAGAUUGUGCCAAUGACGCGAAUAGAGACUGGAUCGAAGGAAACGAAAAUUGGUGGAAAUCAGGAGGGAUAUUUUUGGCUUCUGCUCAACAGGCGACACCAUGAUUGCUCUUCUUUGACGAAUCGAACUCGAUCACGGUUUAGAGAGGCGGAAGUCAAGGGGACACUGGCAGUGGACAUGAUUCUGAAUGAGCUACGGAAGGAGAUGGACGGGUUGCCGAGGAGGAAUGAUAUUCCCAAUUAUUGGCGUAGGUCUCGAUGAGCGAAUAGAAAGAGGAGUCGCCUGACUGGCUUCAUGGCGUCCGUCGUCCUUGUGGGAAUUUGAUUGAGUGGCGACUGAGAAGUCCAGCUGCAAAGCAAGGGAAGGGGACUUACAGGGCAACAAUUGAUGGAAUGCAGAGCUCGACCGACUGAGGAGUAAUUUGGCGAUUGUGACGGUAGUGCGGCGAGAGCAUUUAG